UGCAUGAGGAUUAAGUGAGCAUAUUUUUCUAUAAAUAAUUUAGUCAUAAUCUUUGUGUGAAAUUAAAUUUAGCUUAUAUUAUAUUAUGAUUUCAAAUAUAUUUCAUUCAUAAGUAAAUUUGACAAUGCAUGCUAGAAAGUUUGAUCCUGAUUUGGAAAAACUUAGACAAGAAGUUUUAGGUCCACCAGAUUUGCAAACUACUUUUUCAAAUGAAUGUCAAAAGGGAUCACAAAUUCAUGCUGCUUAUCUUUUCGAAGAUGAGGGUAGAGUAUUGCUACAAAAUCUCUGCCUCUUCUUAAGUGCGACUGCAUCAGGAAAAUCUUAUGGAGACUGGCAAAAAUUUGCAGCUAAUCUUGGUCUUAUUUCAGAACAAAUAAAAUGUAUAGAAUAUGACUUCAAAGGACUUGAAGAUCCAACUUAUUAUGUGCUAUUAGGAUUUGUUCACUCUCCAGGAGCUACUUUAGAUAAAGUACUUCUGGCAUUGCAAAAAAUUAAUCGACUAGACAUCAUAAAUCGUACAGCAGAUUAUUUUAAUGAUUUUUUUCAAGAUAUAACAAAAAAUAGGAGUUCUGAUUUGAAAAAUGGAAUAUAUAUGCCUGAUUUUCUACCUAGAGCUCCAUUAGUCUUGUAUCCAAUUACAAAACAUAAUGAAACUACCAAAAUUAUUACAAAACAUUUUUGUGAAAGUGAUAAUAGACAAAAUAACAAUAGUGAAAAUGGCAAAAAUAAGUAUGGCAGCAUAAUCAUGUUAACAUUCGCUGAAGAUGGAGCCAAUACAGCACAAAAUAUUCUUAGAAUUUGUAGGUCAAACGAUCCUAGAAUUGGUGUAAUUAUUUUACAAGAGCAAGAAAAGCAUGUUCUAGGUAAAACAGAAGAAUUUAUUGAAGAUUGUAUGCACCAGGUCAAUUACAUUGUACCGAUAUUAACAGAAAAAUAUUUAAAUAAUAUUAAUACUAAUACUUACAAUACUGCUAAUAAUACCAAUUUAGAUUCUAAAUAUAUCAGAUACAUUUUUUCAUUGAUGAGAUAUGAGUACAAUAAGCAGGGUUGUAAAAAUAAAAAAGUACGUUGUAUUGUACCAAAUGAUGAAGUUCAAAAAGUUGUACCAUUAAUCAAACAUCCGAUAUUGGAAGCUUGGUUUAGAGAAAGCGAUAUAGAUUUAGUUAUUAAAAAUAUUAUUCUUCAAAAAUUUUAAUUAUUUCUAGUUAUUUGUUUUGAAAUAUUUAUGAAACUGUUGCACUUGUUAAAAUUCUUUAAUAAUUCUCAAGGAACUAAUUGUAACAAGUAUUUUAUAUAAAUAUGUAAGUAUAUUUUUUACAUAAAUUUUUACUUCUCAAGAUAAUAUUCUAUAGAAAAUUGCUUGUUCUAAACAAUUAUAGAUUUUGAAUCAAAAUAAAAUAAAAACAUGAUUUACAAUUUUUACU